UGACGGAGAGCUCCUGAUCACCAAGCGGGCGCUGGAUCAGCCCCUCCCGUCGCCGUCACUGAUGGAUCCAUGCGUGUGGGGAAGGCAAAGAGGCGGCUGGAUCUAUCGACGAGAAGGGGGACAGAUGAGGGCGGGCGCACCAACUGCUGGAAGACGGCCACGUCAGCACCGUCGUUGGCGCGCGCUACGGCGGUGCGGGUGCUGGCCACGGACCCAGAUCCAAGCGGCGUGGCGUGUGUGCGAUGUGAUGUGAACGGGGAACGAGUGCGGGCGUGGUCGUGUGGGGCAGUGAGUGGACCGGGGUUAGAGUUAGCAAUCAGGGUUAGGCAUGAUGAUGGGCUGCUGGGCUGUUCGUGGGCUUCUAUGCCUUGUGCAAAGAUCAUGUGGCCAAAAAAACGUCAAAUGCCAGGAAAAAAAUCACGCGGGAGAUGUUUGGCAAAAUCGUAAGACGUAGCAUUUGUCUUAAGUUGGUCCUGAAAUUUCAUUGCAAGAAAACAUGUGGUAUGGGAGCUGGGCGCAAGCUCAAGACCCACCGCAGGAACCAAAGAUGGGCCGACAAGGCAUACAAGAAGAGCCACUUUGGCAAUGAGUGGAAGAAACCCUUUGCUGGAUCAUCUCAUGCCAAGGGCAUUGUUUUGGAGAAGAUUGGUAUUGAGGCCAAGCAGCCAAACUCUGCCAUCUGUAAGUGUGCUCGUGUUCAGCUGGUGAAGAAUGGGAAGAAGAUUGCUGCCUUUGUGCCGAAUGACGGUUGCUUGAACUUCAUCAAGGAAAAUGAUGAGGUGCUGAUUGUUGGAUUCGGUUGGAAAGGGCAUGCCUUGGGAGAUAUUCCAGGUGUCAGGUUGAAGGUUGUGAAGGUGUCUGCAGUGUCACUGCUCGCACUCUUCAAGGAGAAGAAGAAGCAGAGGUCUUAG